AUGGGAUCUUUCAGUGGUGUAGGCAUUGGUUUGAGCUUUGUUUUCGGUUGCAUAUUGAUGGGGCUUGUUGCAGAGGUCUACUAUUUGCUGUGGUGGAAGAAGAGAAUAGGCAUUAGCAGUACUGGUAGUAGUAGUAGUAGUAGUAAUAGUGAAGAAAUUGAGGAUUUCUCAGUCCUCCUCUGCUGGAAAAAGCUCACUUCUUUCCACACUACUUCAAGCAGCCAAGAACUCAGCAGCUGCUCAGUGAGAAAUCCCCAAGAACAGCAAGACUUGGAGAUGGGCUCGAGCAAGGAUUUGGGGCCGAAAGGGUUUGGUGAAGAAGGGGUGGAAACGGAGUUGAUGAGAACCCACAACCUCUGUGGGCCUCCAAGAUUUCUCUUCACCAUUAAAGAGGAAAGCAAAGAGGAUUUGGAGUCUGAGGAUGGGAAAUCAAGAAAAGGGUCAAGAACAAGGAGUUUGAGCACUGACCUUGUCGGAACCCCCUUUCUUACCCCUUUGUCCUCACCAACAGUCAAGAUUCCACACGCUCUGGACUCCUACAACAACCCUCUGUUUGAGUCUCUGUCGGAGGCGGAACUCAGCAGAUUUAGAUCUUCCCCACCUCCCAAGUUCAAGUUCUUGAAAGAUGCUGAGGAUAAGCUACUGAGGAGGUUGUUGGUGGAAGAAGCUGAGAAGAAAAGGGCUGGCUUUCAAUUUCAAGAAUCGAAAAUGAGCUGUCAAGAAGAAGAGGAAAAAAGUGCUUCUUUUGUUUCUUUCAUUAACAAGAACUUAGUGAGAGAUUCAUCAGCUUCACAGGUGCUUCCAUUGGCGUCUUCUCCCCAGUGA